AUGAAAUACUUGGCUGCUUACUUGUUGUUGUUGCAGGGUGGUAACGACGCCCCAUCCGCCGCUGAUAUCAAGUCUUUGAUUGAGUCUGUUGGUGUUGAGGUUGAGGAUGCUAAGAUCUCCACCUUGUUGGCUUCCUUGGAGGGCAAGUCCAUUGAGGAGUUGAUUGCUGAGGGUCAGAAGAAGUUCGCUUCCGUUCCAGCUGGCGGUGCUGCCCCAGCUGGCGGUGCUUCUGCUGCUGCUGGUGCUUCUGAGGCUGCCGCUGAGGAGGCCAAGGAGGAGGCCAAGGAGGAGUCCGACGACGACAUGGGCUUCGGUUUGUUCGAUUAA